GUCUAUAAAUAUUAUCCCUAAUAACUUGCGCUUUUUUACUCUCCAAAAACGAUGGAAAAUUCAAAAUCUCAACGAUUUUCAACUCUUCUUGUCCCUGUAAUUUUCUUGUUGCUGAUUUCAUACUCUAUCAUUGUCUCUGCUGCCGAUGAUCUCUCAAUUGAUGUUGCUCAACCCACUACAUUGAAGCUGUCAUCUGGCUUGACUUUGGAAAAGUCUCCGGGUACAAAGCCUAGUAUGGCCGUGGUUGGCGAGAGAGUUAAUAUUAGUGGUGUAUCAAGGCUUAAAAAUCUGAAAAAGUAUGCUAAUACAGUAAAAGUGAAAGUGAUACUUGUGGAUAGCUCUCGUCCAAAUGCUAUCGAAGUCUGCUUUCAUAGCAAUACAUCACUGGGAGUAGGCAUGUGCAAUCGUAGUCAUUGGGAGAAGCUUGUAAAGGGUGUAUGGAUCAGAUCCAUGUCACCUUAUGAUAACAAACUUUUAGAUAUACGGAUGCCUGGAAAAUCCCUUGCAAAUGUUGAGGUGUCAGUGGAAGAAGAGUUCUUUCUGUAUCGUAUUAUAUUUCUGGUGCUGGGUUUAAUCUUGCUGACACUAGCACCAACUCUGAGCCAAUCUCUUACUUUUUACUAUGGCGGGGCAAUGACUAUGGGCAUCAUCCUUGUAGUGUUAAUGGUCCUUUUUCAGGGGAUGAGGCUGCUUCCGAGUGGUCGAAAGAGUUCGUUCGCGAUAUUUGUAUACUCAUGUCUGGUAGGAAUGGGAUCUAUGCUUCUUGGUUACUUACCUGGGGUAUUAAAGUCGGUGCUUGUGGAGAUUGGGGUCAGCGAAGAUAUGUACAAUCCUUUGGGGACGGUCCUGUUGGUUUGUCUUCUGCUUGCUGGAGCUUGGUUGGGUUUUUGGGUGGUCCGUAAACUUGUUCUAACAGAAGAAGGAUCCAUUGAUUCAAGUGUAGCUGUUUUCGUUGCUUGGGCAAUUCGCCUAGUAUCAGCUGUCAUGAUUAGUCAGAGUUCAAUGGAUCUUUUACUGGCUGCAGAGGCCUGUAUCUCUUGGAUGUUAAUUUCAUUUAUACUUGGGAAGAUUGCCACAUUGAGAUCCUUGCAGCGCAUGCUUAAGCAUCUGUUUAGAACAGCUAAGAGCAAUCACAAAAGAUACCAGAUUCAGGAUUAUUCAGCUUCUGAAGAUUAUCACGAGAAAUCAGAAGAUCAUACAUCACGCAGGCGUCGAACUUCAUUGAAUCUCUCCCCCAGUUCCCCGGCUGCAGUUAACCAGACACGUAUUACGAAGACACCGCAGUCUUCUCAGCUAUCAGACUCAGGAACGUAUUUCUCAACCUUCCAUAGAGUACCUGACAGGAAAAAGUUCUCAAAGGAAGAAUAUGAAAGGUUCACUAAAGAUUCCACGAGAAAAGCUUUGGAAAGUUUAGUAGCUUCCCCUGAUUUCAGCGAAUGGGCUGUUGCUAAUGCCGAGCGAAUCACCCUGACUCCCACCAAAGACCAAGCUGGUAGUUCAGAGCGACGUCCAAGGUGGCUAGGAUUGUUUUAAAGCACACGUGGCUUGUGUAAAUUUUCAGCUAGGGAGUACAUAUGAUUAUGUUUCAUCAAAAAACUGAAAAUUGCAAGCUGUAGAAGAUUAGGUGCAAUUUUCUUUUCUGUAUUCGUAGUUUAUUAAACAUUAUCAACAAAUUUUUGUACAAUAUCACGUUUGUAUAGACGCCAGAAAAUUUCAGUUUUUAUCAUAUACUGAAAUUUUCCCAUUGGAGUAGUAGAAAGUAAAAAGCAAACACAUAAGUAA